GUAUCGGGCGAGAAGAAAACAGUUUUUUUUUUGUGUAAUAAAUUCACUGAAAACUUGACGAAAAGCGUUUAUCAUAUAUACCAGCCAUGUCCGACUUCGAGAAUCUAUCUGGCAACGAUAAGGAGCUGCAGGAGUUUCUUAUGAUUGAAAAACAAAAGGCACAGGUCAAUGCACAGAUACACGAGUUCAACGAGAUCUGCUGGGAGAAAUGCAUUGGUAAACCAAGCACUAAACUCGACCAUGCCACAGAGACGUGCCUCAGCAAUUGUGUGGAUCGCUUCAUUGAUACCUCGCUGCUGAUAACACAGCGUUUCGCUCAGAUGCUGCAAAAGCAGAGCUCCGGUGGCAUGUAGAGGCCCUCCAAUAACUUAGGUAGUUAACGUUGCAGAGUGCAUCUUGGUGUUGGCUCUUGCAGACCAAAGACAAACACAAAUCUGGACCUUGUAUUACCCCUGCCCAGCUGCAAUUGACACCAUGUUCCAUGCUCUUUGCACACGUUAAAAGCAAUAACAAAAAAAAACUAAUUCUAAAAUUACCUUGUAAGAAGUUGUUGUGUGUUUGGCUGAUAAGCCAAAUCCGGACAAUGCGGUGCUAAAUUUUAAUUCUGUCGUGCACCGUGCGUGUUGCUGACGACGUAACUUCGAAAUUCUGAAACCAAAAACCUUAAAAGCAAACAAGACAAGAUCCAACUACAUAUACAUUGUACUAUAUUGUUGUUGUUUUGUUUUCUCAUCUUCAAUAGUUGAAUGUUUGCUACAAAUUAAAUGAACAUUACAACAAUGUUAACUAA